GGCUCCUCGGCAGCUGCUGCCGCCGCCGCCGCCUUGCCCUCGCUCCUCACUCCCGCGCCCGAGCCCGGAGGAGCAGGGGUCGGAGGAGCGGGCGGCGCCUCCCGAGGCCUCCUCCGUCGUCGCCCGUGCAGGAAAGGCUAACAAAUUGGAAGAUUAUUUUUAGACAACAUAGCCACAAGCAAUUUAACAGAAAUUAACUGCUUCCUUGCAAGUGGAAAGAGUUUCAUCAUUUUCGUAAAAACUGCGGAAUAAAUCAUGCCUGCUUUAUCAGCAGGAUCUGGAAGUGACACAGGUCUGUAUGAGCUGCUGACUGCACUGCCAGCCCAGCUGCAGCCACAUGUGGACAGCCAGGAAGACCUAGCCUUCCUCUGGGAUAUGUUUGGUGAAAAAAGCCUUCAUUCACUGGUGAAGAUUCACGAAAAGUUACACUACUAUGAGAAGCAGAAUCCUGCGCCCAUCCUCCAUGGUGCAGCAGCCUUGGCAAAUGAUCUGGCUGAAGAGCUGCAGAACAAGCAAUUGAACAGUGAGAUCCGAGAGCUGUUGAAAUUACUGUCAAAACCCAAUCUCAAGGCAUUGCUCUCUGUACAUGACACUGUGGCCCAGAAGAAUUAUGAUCCUGUUUUACCUCCUAUGCCUGACGAUAUUGAUGAUGAGGAAGAUUCAGUAAAAAUAAUCAGACUGGUUAAAAACAGAGAACCACUGGGAGCUACAAUUAAGAAGGACGAGCAUACUGGAGCAAUCGUUGUGGCUAGAAUUAUGAGAGGAGGAGCUGCAGAUAGAAGUGGUCUUAUUCAUGUUGGUGAUGAACUCAGGGAAGUAAAUGGAAUUCCAGUAGAAGAUAAGAGACCUGAGGAAAUAAUACAGAUUUUAGCUCAGUCUCAGGGAGCAAUUACAUUUAAAAUUAUACCAAGCAUCAAAGAAGAUAUCCCUUCUAAAGAAGGCAAGAUGUAUAUCAAAGCCCUAUUUGACUAUGACCCUUAUGAGGAUAAAGCAAUUCCAUGUAAAGAAGCUGGGCUUUCUUUCAAAAAGGGAGAUAUCCUUCAGAUUAUGAGCCAGGAUGAUGCUACCUGGUGGCAAGCCAAACAUGAAGGUGAUGCCAAUCCUAGAGCAGGCUUGAUCCCUUCAAAACAUUUCCAGGAGAGGAGAUUUGCACUAAGACGACCAGAAGUAUUAGUUCAACCCCUGAAAGUUUCUAAUCGGAAAUCAUAUGAGGAAACAGUUGAGUGUGAGGAAAUUGAAGAAGAUGCUGAAUGCGCUGGUAACAACAGUGGAACCUAUAUAGCUGGUUUUAGAAGAAGCUUCCGUCUUAGUAGAAAAGAUAAGAAGACAAACAAGUCUAUGUAUGAAUGCAAGAAGAGUGAUCAGUAUGAUACAGCAGACGUCCCGACAUAUGAAGAAGUUUCACCGUAUCGGCGACAAAAUAAUGAGAAAUACAGACUAGUGGUUCUGGUUGGACCCGUGGGAGUAGGAUUAAAUGAACUAAAACGAAAGUUGCUGAUUAGUGAUACACAACAUUAUGGUGUGACAGUGCCUCACACAACCAGAGCAAGAAGAAGCCAAGAAAGUGAUGGUGUUGAAUAUAUUUUCAUUUCCAAGCAUUUGUUUGAGACAGAUGUACAAAAUAACAAGUUUAUUGAGUAUGGGGAAUAUAAAAACAACUACUAUGGCACAAGUAUAGACUCUGUUCGGUCUGUUCUGGCCAAAAACAAGGUUUGUUUGUUGGAUGUUCAGCCUCAUACAGUGAAGCAUUUAAGAACACUAGAAUUUAAACCAUUUGUUAUAUUUAUAAAGCCUCCAUCAAUUGAACGUCUGAGAGAGACAAGAAGAAAUGCAAAGAUUAUUUCAAGUCGAGAUGACCAGGGAACGGCAAAACCCUUUACAGAAGAAGACUUUCAAGAAAUGAUUAAAUCUGCACAGAUAAUGGAAAGUCAAUAUGGCCAUCUUUUUGACAAGAUUAUAGUAAAUGAUGAUCUCACUGUGGCUUACAAUGAGCUAAAAUCAACUUUUGACAAAUUGGAGACCGACACCUAUUGGGUCCCAGUGAGCUGGUUACAUUCAUGAGACUGAAAAAAGAAAAUGUUUCAGAGGCAUCUUUUAACAGGGUCAAUGCUUAAAAAGAAAGUAGUUGCCAUUUUGGUGGAAGGGUUUUUUUAAAUUUCUGUCACUGAUUCAGUUACAAUUUUGAUAAAGUUGAAUGCUGAUAUUAUUUUCUUCUUUAAAGUCCUUUACCAGACUGAAGGUGUGCAAAGAUCUAAAUUUAAUUUAAGUGGAGUUUUGCCCAAUUCUCUAUUCUGAGCUAAGCUUUGAAACAUCUGGUUGUCUUUAAUAUAGCUAUAUAUCCACGAUGAGGUUUAAAUUUUUGUUUAAAAGAGAAGUCACUAAAGACUUUAAUAUAUAUUGGAGAUCAGUGCUUCAGUAGUCUCAGAUGUGGUCACUGCCAUAAAGUUUGCAUGUUAGCAGUCGAAGGUAAUAUCAUUACUUUAAAUUGCAGUCCUUGAGACAGACGGGCAGGACAGCUUCAGUUUUUCUGGAUAGAUCAUCACGGUUUUAACUGGUCUAACUAUCAAGAUGGAUUCUCUUGCUGUCCCCUAAAGUCUAAGGUUUUGGGUUUUUUUUUUUACCUUUACCAUAUAUUCACAGUGUGUAUAUUUAAACUCUUUCAUAAAUGAAUUGCCCAGUGAACUAUAAAACAUAUUCUGAGAAGGGUUUGCGUGCUGUGAACAGACUUUACAUAUGUUUGUAGGUGGUAUAACAAAGACUUUAAUAAAGGAAAAUAGGUUUUUAUUUUAAUAUUAUAUAUGGAACUUUACACAAUUUUCCUUAUGGCAUUAACACUUUAUAAGUUCAGUGCUAUCUUAAGAUAAGUAACAACAGAAUAACUUCUUAUUUUUCAUCAUCGGCAAAAAUUUCUGUAGUCAUUUUAAAGUAGAUUUAUUUGGUCACAAAUUUUUUCCAAUAAAUGAUAGGAAAGUGUUUCACAUUCAAAAAACAGAUAUAUAUGUAUAGGUAACUGUUACAAACACACUCAAUAAGUGUUGCACUGAUUUAUUUAAAAUUAUAAGCAAUUUAUUACCAUAUACUUGAAAAAACCCAAUUCUUUUAAAUGAGAAAACUUCACAUUUUAGCUUUUAUUAUUAUGCUGUUGAGACAAAGAUCCAUUUUUAAUAUUGACUAGACUCCAUCUCAACUGCCUUCAUUUUUUAUAACAGUAAAUGAACAAAUCAUGUAUUUAUACACGAUUAAAUGUGAUUUUUCAUUUUUCUUGACUUACUACUGAUGUGCCGAACUCAGUAAAAAGCUUUAAGAUGCCUGUUACCUGCAUAAGUGAAUUUGCCCUGCAGCUAGAGUGCAGUAGACCUUGCUAACCAAAAAUCAUCACAUUUGUGACAUUCAAAUAAGAAAUGAAUUAUUUUAUGUUCACAUGUAAAGAAGAAUUUAGAUGUCUUGUUUAAAUACAAAAGAAUUUAGUGAAUCUUUAUAUAUUUAUGAAAGGGUUGAAAAGGGAUAGUAGGGUUUUUAAAUUCCUUGUCAGUAUAGUUAUUCGUAAAAAUAGAUUAUUUGUGAAAGUGUAAAUUGAAGAGGUGGUUUUGUAAAUCAGGCUCAACAUUCCAUGUAAAUAUUUGACCAUGCUUCAUGUACAGGUGGACACCAGUUUGUUGUAUUUUAAGUGCAUGUUGGAUAGCCUGGUUUCCCAGCGUUUGUUUCAGGCUUAUCAAGUGAAACAAGUAAAAUAUUAAAAACAGAAACCUCAAAUAUUUCACUGGACUCGACACAUAUUGUUUCUUACCACAGAUAGCUAGAACACAAAUUUUACUCAAAUCAUAAUAAUAAUCAGUAAAUACUCUGUCAAAUUUUUAUUACUGUUUAUUACAGAUUUUUAUUGAUGUUCCAGGCUCACAUAACUAGUAACUUGUUAAUUUAGGGAUGCCAAGUCCGAUGCUGCUCAAGCUGCUCUGACUGAUGGCCCUUGAAAGAAAUGUGAGUCCUGGAUAAAUAUUUUCUUUUUUUGUACACUCAUGAAAAUGUCCUUUAAAUCAUGGCUACCUGUAUAAAAUAUGUGUUAUUUAGCACUCUUUCUCACCUCCCUAACCUUCCCUCCAAAAAAAACCCCAAACAAACAAAAAACCCCACACUCUCUGGAAUAAUCCAGACAACUGAGGCAGUAUUGGACUUUUCAGAAUGUCACUGUCUAAAUAAUUGCCCUGUUUCUCCAAGUCACUUUGUGUACAGAUAAAGCCUUAAUUUAGUGCACGUUUAGUUCUUUUGUUGUUGCUAAGAAAGCCUUCCAGACUUUCCUCUUACUAUAAAUCUGAAGAGAAAAGAGUACUGUUAUUAUAUAGUUAAUUGAAAAUAAUAACACCAAAUACCCAAAAGGAUAUAUUCUGAUCUGUUUCAUUUUGGAUCAUACCUAGAAAAUAUUUAUAUGUGAAGGUAGCCCAUUCCUAAUAUUUUAAUAAAUGAAAGUGAUGGCAAUUUGAAAAGGUUUGCACUUGAAUAAUGUCAGCUAGUGACACAGUUGAGCACACUUACUUUUAGAACACAAUCCUGUAUUUUAAAAACAGCUUUAAUUAAAACUUAAUCUGAAUUUUUUGGACUUAUAGACAGCUAGAGGGAUUUGCCAACAUCGUGUAGCAAGAGGCCGUUGAUUCUGUAUUUUGCCUCCUAACACGACAAUUGCUUUAUGAGCCUCACUGUAGCUCUUGGCAGUAGCUUAACAGACAUAUCCCAAUUCCCAGGCUGGAUUGUCAGCCAGCAUUGAGAGCAUAGGGAACAUUAAAUUUUUAAAAGUCUGUGCAUUAAAAAGCCAAGUUGGAUAUAAAGACAAUCCAAGAUCAGGAUGGAAAAUAUACACUCCUGAUUGACAAACUGAUACUUCUUGUUGUUUAGAGAAGAAGAAGUGUGGGACUGAAUAUGAGGGAGUCAGUAACUGCAGUGAAUUUUCAUUUUUCCUAGACAUUCUUUACCUAGAAUGUACAUAUUACGGCACACUCUCAUUACUGGCUCUGGAUAUGUAGCACUCAAGAGUUUCUGCAGUUAGACGUUGGCCACAUUUUUGUUCAUGCUUCUGAAAUAAAGUGUUUUGAAUUGGGUCUCAGUUAUUGAUUCACCAUUGUAGACUAGAAUGUGCUUUUACUGUGACAUUCAGCCACAUAGGAGAGCUCUUGGUGUUUGAGGAACUGUCAUUCCUGGUACUGUGUCAUGACUUGAAGCCAUUUUCCAUCACGCUAGCAAGGACCUUCACUUUUCUGAUCCACAUCACUGUCAUUAUAAAAACUUCCCCAAGAGAAAGAUGCUAUUAUUUAUUUCUUCUCUCUCUUUCUCUCUCUGUCUCUCUGUCUCUCUCUCUCUCUCUCUGUUUCUCUUUCUCUUUCUCUCUCUCUUUUUACUAAUAAGGCUUUAUAGAAAACCCCAACAGAAGACUUUAAUGUUAAAGUAUAUGCAAAUUGUGAUGUGUAGAGUUGUCUGAGACCUGUUUGACUCUGUUGGUAUCUCGUACUUUGCUGUUUGCUGUAGCAGAAAUGAAGUUAAAAUUUUGUACUGUCAUAUCCAGCACCAUACUUGAACUUGCCAUCAAUUUCUUAGUUGAUGCCAUACCUGAAAUAUAAAUUUACUUUCUUUCACUGAAAAAUAAAUUAUUGACACAUC